AUGGUCAAAAAGGGGCAGUCAAAAGGGGCAAAGCCUGGCGGAGGUCAGGGAGCGAGCAAAUCUUCCUCUACCACACCCGCGGCUGACGACAGUUUCAUUGUCUUCUCCAACUCUGACAAGGAUCCCAAGCCAAAAAGAUCAGCCCAAUCCUCUGCCGCGGGGUCGUCUGGUAAGGAUGGCCCUGCGCUUCUGGACGAAGCACCCAAGAAACCCGAUGUCAAGAAAUUGAUUGGGGGCGCGUCUUGGACAGGCAAAUUGCCUGUAAACCUGCUUUCUGAACAUUGCCAGAAGCAGAAAUGGGAGAAACCAGAAUAUACAAUGUCUAAAACCCCGGAAGGGUACUCCUCGAUGGUAAUCCUCAAAGCCAAGAACCCAAAGACCCAAGAGCUUACAACUCUCCCUCCCUUCAAACUUCCCCCGUCCCAUAAACAUCUCGCGGCGAAACCUACAGCUCUCGAAGCUAGACAUUUCGCUGCUACGUACGCGCUGUUCCGGGUUUGCAGUAUGCGAAAUAUACACAUGAUGCUUCCUCCCGAUUAUCGAAAUUUAUGGAAAGGAGAUUUUGAGGCUUUGAAGAAAGAAGAUGUGAAAGAAGGGAGGGGAUGGAUGUAUGAAGCAGACCCCUUUGCGGCUCUUCGGGAGCGGGAGGAAGCGAAAGCUGUGAUGGAAAAGAAGCGAAAGGAGCGAGAGCAGGAGAAGGCGAAGGCAGCAAAUACACCUGGAGCACCUGGCGCAGCUGGGUUAGCUCUGAGGAAUAGCGGUCCAGGUGGUGCUGGUUCUGGGGCCCAUAAUAUCCACAGGGGUUGGACACGGGUACCAAAAAUUGAAAUGGGUAAACGGACACGUUCUGCUGUCGAGGCUCUAAUACGGAAACACGCUAUUUGGAAUCCUCAUGAUGUUAAGAUGUCAGAAUUUCAAAGACAUUCCAUUAUCAAUGAGUUCAAAAAUCUCGAAUUCCGGCAGAGUCAUAUUGAGGAAGCCGUGGAGAUUUGUAAGGAUCGAGAAGAGACUUUGGAAUGGCUUCUUAUCCAUGUGCCUGAAGAUGAUCUUCCCAGAUGGGCUUUGCCUGAGGGAUAUGUAGCUGGCAUCAGCAUGGCGAGCAACGAUCUCAAGAGAGAAGGCGCGAUCAAACGACUAGCUGAAGCAGGCUACUCUCAGGAUCUUUGCAAGCAAGUGUACGAUGUCAGUAAUGAUGAGGGGAAAGCUGCAGAGGCUUUGCAGCACAUUCUGAUAUCUAGUGGACAAGAUCAACCUCCUCCUGAACCCGAAGAGUCUUGGGCAUCUGAAGACUCGAAAGAAGUUUCAGAAAGCAUAUGGGAAGAAGAACAAGCAAGCCUUCAUGCUGUAUUCGGGGAGAAUUAUUCCCGCCCUUCGAAAGAUAUUUGCAGAAUUGCCUUUAAGCCAUCAAACCGCGGAAGGAAUGCCCCGGUUGAGCCAAUUAUCCAAUUCAGACGGACUCCAGAGUACCCCCAGAAGGUGCCAGUCAUCUCGGUUCAUGCCACAAUUCCGGCUUAUAUACGUCUUAGCAUCCUGAAGAGAUGCAUCUCCCACGCAAUGGAAAAUUACCUUGGUGAGCAGAUGCUAUUUUUCCUCAUCGACUGGGCGGAACAGAAUUUCUACAGUAUUCUCGAAAAACCUGGGAAGCUACGAGAUGUAUCAGCGGCUGCAUCCACGGUUAGUGAGGUGCAACCGAUCCGACGAAAGAAACAACAUAUCCCCAGACAUCCCAGACCGAUUACAUGGACACCCAAUCAAAAGAGUAAAGAUGAUUGGAUAAGGCGACAAGUCGAUCCAAAAUUACAGUCUCAGAUUCAAGCAAGGAGGACACUGCCGGCUUGGGAGAUGAAAGAGACCAUAGUUGAUGUGGUGAACUCGCAUCAAGUCACGAUCAUCUCUGGUGAGACCGGUUCAGGUAAAUCCACCCAGUCAGCCCAGUUCAUACUCGACGAUAUGUACCAGAGGGCUUUAGGUGAAUGUGCAAAGAUCAUUUGUACACAACCUCGAAGGAUUUCGGCUCUUGGGUUAGCGGACCGAGUGAGCGAUGAACGUUGUUCUGCGGUAGGUCAAGAAGUUGGUUACAUCAUCAGAGGAGAAUCGAAAACAUCGCAUAACACUAAAAUCACAUUCGUUACUACCGGUGUGUUGCUCCGAAGACUGCAAACUUCUGGAGGUAGUAGUGACGAUGUUGUCGCUUCUCUCGCGGAUAUCAGCCACGUGAUAAUUGAUGAAGUUCACGAGAGAAGUCUUGACACGGAUUUCUUGCUAGUGCUUCUAAGAGACGUGUUGAAGAAGAGAAAAGAUCUCAAGCUCAUUCUAAUGAGUGCCACUCUCGAUGCUGGGGUCUUCGAAGAUUAUUUCAAAUCAGAAGGCAAGGUUGGCAGAGUUGAGAUCAGCGGCCGGACAUAUCCUGUCGAAGAUUAUUAUCUCGACGAUGUCAUUCGAAUGACGGGUUUUAAUGCUGGCCGUGGUGGAAAACCACAGGACGACGAUGCGGACACGGCUGGAAUGGACUCUGAUGUAAAGGCGGCGAUCCAGAGCCUCGGAAUGCGAAUCAACUACGAUUUGAUAGCUCAAACCGUGAAAGAGAUCGAUGCAGAACUUACCCAUCUGAAGCAAGAUGGUGGUAUACUUAUUUUCUUACCCGGCGUGAUGGAAAUAAGCAGAGCACUCGAUCAUCUCCGAUCGAUACCCAACCUUCAUGCUCUACCCCUUCAUGCCUCGCUACAAUCUUCCGAGCAACGCCGCGUAUUCCCUCAUGCACCAUAUGGGAAGCGAAAAGUAGUGGUUGCAACUAACGUUGCGGAAACGUCCAUUACUAUUGAUGAUAUAGUAGCAGUGAUUGACACUGGCCGCGUCAAGGAAACAUCCUACGACCCUCAAAAUAACAUGCGAAAAUUGGAAGAAGUCUGGGCAUCUCGCGCGGCAUGUAAACAGCGACGAGGGAGAGCCGGUCGAGUGCAGGCUGGAAAAUGCUACAAACUGUACACGCGAAAUGCUGAGAUGACAAAAAUGGCAGAGCGGCCAGAGCCGGAAAUCAGACGUGUACCGCUUGAACAGCUCUGCUUGUCAGUUCGUGCAAUGGGUAUCAAGGACGUCGGUGCUUUUCUGGCAAGCGCUCUGACACCGCCAGAGAGCAUGGCGGUAGAUGGGGCUAUGGAUUUGCUUGGCCGGAUGGGAGCACUCGACGGUGAUGACCUUACUGCCCUCGGUCAACACUUGAGUAUGAUCCCGGCCGAUCUACGGUGUGGCAAGUUGAUGGUCUACGGAGCUAUGUUUGGGUGUCUGGAUUCCUGCGUUAGCAUUGCUGCUAUACUAACGAUCAAGAGUCCUUUUGUCAGCCCGCAGGAAAAGCGAGAGGAGGCAAAGGCUGCGAGAGCGAAGUUUGCUGGAAACCAGGGAGAUUUGAUCGGUGAUUUGAAAGCGUUUCAGCAAUGGGAUGAGAUGAUGGAGAACCGAAGCAUUCGACAAGGAGAAGUACGAAACUGGUGUUCCGAAAACUUCCUCUCCUACCAAACCCUCUCCGAUAUUUCCUCCACCCGCGUCCAAUAUAUCUCUUCCCUUCGCGAGCUCUCCUUCAUCUCAUCUUCAGCACCACCUCCCUCUAACCGAAACGCAAAUACUUCCCUGUUGCGAUCCCUAAUUGCCUCCGCUUUCAACCCCCAAAUCGCACGAAUCGACUUCCCCGAUAAGAAGUUCGCCGCCUCCAUUUCUGGUGCCGUAGAGCUUGACCCCGAAGCCAAAACAAUCAAGUACUUCAACCAAGAGAACGGGCGCGUCUUCGUCCACCCCUCUUCCACCGUCUUCGAUGCCCAGACCUUCCCUGGUAACUCCGUAUACAUGGCAUACUUCAAUAAGAUGGCGACGAGCAAGGUUUUUAUCCGAGAUCUGACCCCGUUCAAUGCAUAUACGGCAUUGUUAUUUUGUGGGGAGAUUACGCUCGAUACCCUAGGUAGGGGUCUGGUGGUAGAUGGCUGGUUGAGGUUGAGAGGCUGGGCAAGGAUUGGGGUGUUGGUUAGUAGGUUGAGGGGGAUGUUAGAUGAGGUGCUGCAGAAGAAGAUCGAUGACCCGGGGGCAGAGAUGGGAGGUGAUGAAGUGGUUAAGCUGGUGAGCCGGUUGGUGGAGUUAGAUGGUUUGGAUCAGUAG